UCUGUGCAGGGAGAGGUCACAGUGCGAAGCUAACGGGCUAAUUGGCGUCGCCGCCGCCAGCCUGCUCCGCGCGGACCUCCCAGUGAAGUUCUGUCGCAUGAAUAUUUCAGCCGGUGUUGAAAUAUUCAAAUGCUGCGCGCAGUAGCUGUCGCCGCCGCGCGUGCCUGACGCUCGCCCCGUUGCUAAGCUAGCGCGGCGUUAGCAUCGCUGCAGGAGCAGGCGGCCUUCGCUGCACGACCACCCGGAUGCUCGGCACCGAAGCCCGGCGGGUUCGGUUCGGGGGGAUGAUGUGAGCAACCGACGCGAACACCCCUCGAGACGGAGCCCGAAUGUCGGGGUCGCAGCUCGCCGGCGCUCGGGAGACGAUUCCGGGAUGAGCUUCAGCCGAGGGUCGUUGGAGAAGAGUUCAGGAUGGAUGCGUGUAGCCCAAACCCGAACCGCACAGCGCCGGCAGCAGAGGAGGCGCACCCGCAGGGCGACAUGUCCGCCUGCUCUCGGACCAACGGCUGGAGCUGGCCGCCUCACCCGCUGCAGCUGCUGGCCUGGCUGCUCUACGUCUACUUCGCCGUCACCGGCCUCGGCAUCUUCGUCCCGCUGCUGCCCCGUCACUGGAUCCCUGCUGGCUACAUCUGUACCGGCAUCAUGUUCGUCUGUCACCUGUGUGUCCACGUCAUGGCCGUGUCCAUCGACCCGGCUGACCACAACGUCCGCGCCAAGAGCCACAAAGGUCCCGUGCCCGUGUUUGACCGCACGAAGCACGCGCACGUGAUCGAGAAUUGCCACUGCUACCUGUGCCAGGUGGACGUGGGAGCGAAGUCCAAACACUGCAGCUCCUGCAACAAGUGUGUGUCCAACUUCGACCAUCACUGCCGCUGGCUCAACAACUGUGUUGGCAGCAGGAACUACAAGUUGUUCCUUCACAGCGUGGUGUCAGCUCUGGUGGGGGUGCUUCUGGUGCUGGUGGUUGCCUCCUAUGUCUUCAUUGAAUUCUUUCUGGACCCGACUAAACUGCGUACAGACGGACACUUCCUAGGAAGUAACCAGACCGGUGUGUGGUUCGUCUUCCUGCCUGUGUCUCCUGUCAGAGCAGCACCAGCAGUGAUCCCGGUUCUGGCAGUCGUCACCAUUUGUCUGACUCUACUGUCCUCUGUGCUGCUCACACACCUGCUCUGUUUCCACGUCUACCUGAUGUGGAACAGGCUCAGCACCUACGAAUACAUUGUGCGUCAGCGCCACCGCCAGGACAGCAGAGAGUCCAGGAGAACCAUGAAGGAGGUGACGGCUCCGCCAGGCGACACCAAGGACGGAGAACCUCCAGGUGUUCUGGACCAGCCAGGCACGUUGGUCCACUCAGGGGCCCCAGGCUACACCAACCAGCAGCAGGAGGAAGACCAGACUGUGGAGGAGCGGGUCCAGUACGUUUCUAACGGCAGAGUGAGGUGUGUGUCCAGUCCUGUCAUGGAGGAGGACGCUCCAUCCGACAACCUCGCCGAAGAAAGAGCACAUCAACACAUGCAGAAGAAGAAGAAAAGAAGAAAAGUUCGUAGAGUUCAAGGAGAUUUGGCGGGGUUGGUGGCGCCGCCCCCCGAGUCCACAACUUUGUCCACCGUGUCUCUGAGUCAGAGACUUCCCUUCCCAGCGUUCCCUCUGAGGGUCUCCCUGCCACCGCUGGCGCCCUCCUCUGGACCGGUCCAGGCCGCAGCGCCUCCUGCCGAGUACCACUCCGACUCUGCUGAGUCUCUGGAGGAGAUCCCUGUGGCGCUUUCCAAACUGGGCUCCUCGUCUUCAAUGGCCGCCGGUGGAGAGCUGCACCGCGCUGCCCGGGCGCCGUCCUCACCAUCGCCUCUGCCCAGGACCAAGAGGAAGUCCGCCCGCUCCGACAAGACCCUGAGGAUGGAGCUGACCUCCAAACACCACCCUGUGGUGUUCGUGAGCCGCACGAGCGCCGAGGCAGGGCCUGUUUGAGAGCCGCUGGGACCCCGGCUCUCGGUCCAGGACGGACCUCUGACCCGUGCCUCUGCACAACCACCUCACUUUUAAACGCUUUUGUAUCCACCUUUUUUAUACCUUAUUCCCACCAUGACCACACAAACUCACAGAGAGGCCACAGAUUCUUCACCUCUGAUCCAGUUUGAUUCCUUGUGUCACCCGGGUGUAGCCCCGCCCACUUUCACACACACGCUCACGCUCGAUGAAGAGGACACGCCUGCACCAGUCAACAACACACCACGACCCCUCUUCAUGUCUGAACCCUCAGAACACCUACUGUAGAAGAUUCAAAUGAUCAGAACGGUCGUCGCGUUUUCACCUCUGUAAUUUUGUCUCGUGUCGGUUUUUUACUCGUCUGCUGAUGUUUCAACAAUAAAAGAUGAAAACCUGCGCUGCGUAACGCUGACUCAUCAUAAAAGCAGCGAUGUCAUCAUUGCCCCGACAACGUGGCCAGCGAUGAUGUCGUGUCGCACGGCGCACUAACUAGGUGACGAUGCACUUCAGUAGCUGUGCCUCAGAGUCCCAGCUAGCCGGGGUCACGAGCACCAAUGCUAAUCUGGUUGAGUUCUAAUGGAAUGAUCAGGGUUUGAUUAGUCGCCGUGCAGGACGAGGUGUGUGAGAAUGUGUUUGUGAGAGUGUGUGUCAUCAGC